AUUAAGUUCCAGCUGGACUUUUUUGGAGUUAUUACUGCACACACUGCCCAGUUACACGUUUGCGGUUCACAUCGCUGCUCUCACUACCUCGUUAGACGUGUGCAACCAUCAGUUUGCAACUUCGCGCGUGACAGCAGCAAGUCCCCACUUUCGGCAUCCAUUAAAAAAUAUAGACUGAUCCAUUACCACAAUGCGUUCGGCAAUCGCAUGCCUGCUACUAGCCGCUGCGCACGCGGGCACGAGCCCGGAAGGCAAGACCUGGCUCGAGGCGAAAGCUAAAGAAGAUGGCGUCGUCACGCUCGAGAGCGGUCUCAUGUAUAAGGUGCUGCGCGACGGCGACGGCGAGGCACACCCGAAGGCGUCGACGUCGUGCGAGUGCCACUACGAGGGCAAGCUCAUCGACGGCACGGUCUUUGACAGCUCCUAUGAGCGCGGCUCGCCGACGUCGUUUGCGCCAAACCAGGUUAUUAACUGCGUGGAAAUCAAAUGUCGCGGCGAAUCUCUCGACGCGACGCCUGCUCGACGGCGUGCACACUGGUUGAUUUCCACACAGGUCAUCAAAGGCUGGACGGAAGCUAUGCAACUCAUGGUCGAGGGCGACAAGUGGGAGAUGUACAUUCCGUCUGAAUUAGGAUAUGGCGACAGCGGGAGCCCGCCCAAGAUCCCCGGCGGCGCGCCGCUCGUCUUCCAGAUGGAGAUUUUGAAUAUUAACGGCCCGACGGUCCCGGCCGAUAAGUGCGACCCCGCUACGAAGAAAGGCUGCUCCGAGCGCGAAGUUUCCUACGUCGACAAGCAGGCGUCCAAGUCCAAGGCCGACCGCGCCAAGGAGCUCAAGCGGCUCCAGAACAUGAAGACGGGCGGCACGAGGCCCGAGCUCGCGGCCUGGGUCAACAAGCGCAAGAAGAUCCUCGCGAAGAUGGAGCUGUAAUAACAACAUGUAAUCU